AUGAUACCCUCAUGGAUUAAAACUUUAGAUAUAUAUAUUAUAAACAGUGAUGAACUAUCGAUAAUUAAAAAUGCAGUAAAUAUAGAAAGACUUUAUCUCCGUAAUUUUAUAAACCAUAACAACAUUAAAAAAGAUAUGUUACCAAUGAAUUUAAAGAAGCUCUUUAUUUGUUUUAAUAAUGCAAAUAAGAAAAUAGGCAUUGAAAGUGGGGCACUACCAGAAUCCCUUACAAAUUUAAUAAUUCAAAAUAACAAUAACUCAAGUGAAAUUGACCAUGAUAUACUACCCAAAGGAUUGCUUACGUUGGAAUUAAGCUCAUCUUCAAACGAAUAUUUUAAUAUACCAAAUUAUUUUCCAUUCCCACAAAAUUUAAAAUAUCUUUUUAUAAAUUGCAAAACUUUUAAUUUUCAACUACCUAUUGGUUUAAAAGAGUUAAUAAUAUAUACACAACUAAACUAUUUAAAUGACACUUCAAACAAACCGGUACUCCCUAAAAGUUUAGAAAAGUUAACUAUAAAAAUGGGAACUGAUUGUGAAAUACCUCUUGACCAUAAAAUGGUACCAAUAAAUUUAAAAUAUUUAAAAUGGAGCACCAACUCAAUUAUAGAUUCAUUUGGUGAAGUGGUAAUUCCUCGAUCAUUAGAACAUCUUGAAUUUACACACAGCUUUUCAGUUAAUCAAAAACCCUCAUAUCCCCCUUUCAACUUAAAGCUACUACCUCAUCAACUACCUAUUACUUUAAAAUACAUUAGUUUUGAUGAUAAAAAUGACUCUUUUGAAAAUGGUGGUUAUCCAUUAAUGGGUGAAAAUAUAUUUCCACAAUCUAUUACCUAUAUUAACUUUGGUGCAUCAUUUAAUCAAAAUAUCGGUUCAAGUUUAUCAAAAUGCUUUUUUUUAAAAACAGUUAUUUUCGGUGUUAAUUUUAAUCAAAUACUUCAAUGUGAUGCUUUUCCGCCAAGUUUGCAAAUUUUAAUAUUAAAAAACCCACAAUACAAACACUUAAUACAGCUUAAAAAUAAAAAAACUUUGGUAAAAUGUUGUAAUAUAGAAAAUUAUUUAUUACAAUUUGAAAAUGAUAUUAAAUCCAAUUGCGAAUUAUAUAAUUUAUGUAUACCACUUAAUUACAAAUACCCAUUAUCUAGACUAAACUUAAAAAACAAGGUAAAUUUAGAGUAUUUAGAAUUUGAUUUGGGAUAUAAACAACCUAUUUUACCCGAAGAUUUACCAUUAGAUAAUAAUAUUAAAACAGUAUCGUUUACUUCCUCCUCUGGUCAAAUUAUAAAUUUAGAACAUUUUAAAAAACUACAAACUAUAAUAAUUAACAAUGAUUCAAAUCCAACAAUUGUCACCACCACAACAAUUAAUAAUCAACUAAAACAUUAUAAUUUCUAUAAUCUAAAAUCAAUUGAAGUUUCCAAUCCACUAAAUUCUAAAUUUUUAGAUUCCCUAGAUCCAAUAUUUUAUCAAUUUAUAAUAAAAAAUAAUAAUAACUUUAAAUAA